AUGAAGCUGCUCGAGGAACGAGAGGUGAGACUUGCGAAGAAUAACGAAAUUGAAGCGAAAUUUCGUGCAGAAAUCAAGCAGAAAACUAGUUUGAAGCUCGUCAACUGCGUCGCCACCGCCACCGAUGGAAAUCAAGGAGGGCAAGGGUCAUCAACAGACUUGCAGAAACGUGAGAGAAUCGCCGCCGCAUCGUCGUCAGAGUCAAAUGAAGAGCCAAAACCGGAUUCGAGCAUCGUCAAGUCUCUCCGAUCAAAAGUUAAGGAUUUGGAGCAAGACAAAGAGCGACUCGAAGAAGAAAAUCAAUCGCUGAAAGCAAUUUCUUCCGGGAAGAAGAUGUUGGGAAGGAUUGAGGGCGGAAAUUUGAGUCAGUCGAAGGAAAAUGAGGAAUUCCAGCGUCAGGAUGGAGGUCGGACAAGAAGGAAGUUUUCCGGAAGCAAGAAGUCAAUUGAAGCAAGAAUGCCAGGUGAGUAUUACUUGGAAAAAGAGAAAGCGCGUGAGAAUGUGCACAACGAGACGAUGAAUGGGAUUUUGCCUGAGUAUGGGGGAGAAGAACAGAAGUUCUUCGCUAAGCCGCAUUAUCAGUCAAGUUGGAAUAUGGGUAGAUCGUCGGAGAUGGCAAUGUUUGCGAUGAUGCAACAGAUGAGAACUGAAGAUCGUUUACCAGAACGUUCGUGUUAA